GCGGCUAGGAAUUUAUAUUGAUUGGGUGAUGUCCGCGCAGGCCAUGCCUAAACAGCACCUUUCUACUUAUUUAUCUCUUUGCUCCUGUCUUUCUAAUGAGAAUGAAAACGACAACUGCUAUGUACAGCUCUUGAAUCUCCUAACUGAACAAAUGGCGCCGCACAGUUUUGAGCGAGUUGUGUACGAGACCCCCAAGACGGUUCGGAAACGGGGCGUUGCCUUCCGGCUUCGCAGAGAGGUCGAAGCCAUGAACUAUGUACAAGGUCAUACCAGCAUCCCCGUCCCGGCUGUCCUUGAGGUACACCUUGGCACAGACGGGGAUGAAGACGAAGGCUCAAUCCUCAUGAAACGACUCCCCGGACGCCAACUUGGCGAAGCUUGGCCAGACAUGAGCGAAAAUGCCCGAGCUCAAACGAUCUGCCAGCUCAGGUCAUAUUUGGACGAGUUGCGCCGUCUCCGCCCGUCAAAACCUGCAUGGAUUGGAUCUUGCUCCAAGGGGCCGUCAUACGACCACAGAAUCAACAAUAUGUCUACGGUUGGCCCUUUCGCGUCCGUCAUCGAAUUCAACGACUUCCUCGUUGCUCCGGUCAAGAAUUGCCCACGGCCAGAGUGGGUAGCUAAAUAUCGCAAGCUGCUUCCCGACAGCCACAGCAUAGUAUUUGCACACGCCGACCUCUCGUGGGAGAAUAUUCUCGUCGACCCUGAGACGGGCAAUGUCACGUGGAUACUUGACUGGGAGAUGGCGGGGUUUUGGCCCGAGUGGUGGCAGGACAGGAAGGCAUUGUUCGCGGGCGGAGCCGCGACUGGUGGUGGAACAUUUUGAAGGAAAUCAUGCAGGAGUAUCCAAGCGAGACGGACACUGAUAUGGACUUGGAGAUGUUCUAAACAGUAAACACAGUCAUCUGGUGGAGGACGCCUGGUCGUAGGAAGGGAAGUCGCUGCGGGGCACUUCCACGUGACGAAAGCCGGAGUAAUCGGAGAUCGGCAUCCGUGACGGCAACACGGGUAGGUAGGUGGGGCGGGCGGAGACAGGAGGUUGGAACGGAAAGUAAAGGAGUUGAUC